AUGGUUGCCAAGGCACUGCAUGACCUGAUUCGCUUUGUGGACGUGCAACAAAUGGAGAAUACUAUGCGGUGGCUUGCUGUCCAAUCAGACCAGCAUUGCACCCGGAUUGGCUUCACAUUCGCAGAUGGCAACUUCACCGUCAGCCAGUGGUCUGGGUUCAAGAUGUACGUGGGCGUCCAUUUUGACAUCGACGGAGAGGGCAAUCCUGUGCAUCCGGUAAUUGCGUCGCCGCCGCUCACUGAUAUAUCCCGCGUGGAUGCUUUGGCGAUAAUAUUGUCGACUGAUGAAGACCUGAAAUCAGAAGCACAAAUUAACGGUGGUAAAACAAGGGCUGUCGAUGUCAACCUUACACUUACCACACCACUGUGGUCGAUUCUUGGCAAGGAUGAACGAUUUCGGCAGAACUACCUUUAG